GUCGCGCGGGCCUGGCCCGCUGGCAGGGGCCUGACUUCUGCGCCUCCGCCGCCCUGGGGCACAGACAUGGCCCAGGAGCGUCCCGCCUGCGCCCUGGAGCCCGAGCUCGUCCAGCGGCUGCUGCUCUCCUGCCGGGAGGCCAAGAAGUCCGCUUACUGUCCCUACAGUCACUUCCCCGUGGGCGCCGCGCUCCUCACUCGGGACGGGAGGAUCUUCUCCGGGUGCAACAUUGAAAACGUCUGCUACCCAAUGGGCGUCUGUGCGGAGCGAACCGCCAUCCAGAAGGCUAUCUCAGAAGGGCACAGAGAGUUCAGGGCAAUUGCUAUCUCUAGUGACCUCCAGGAUGAUUUUAUCUCACCAUGCGGAGCCUGUAGGCAAGUCAUGAGAGAGUUUGGCACCAACUGGGCUGUCUACAUGACCAAGCCGGACGGCACAUAUGUUGUCAGGACAGUCCUGGAGCUGCUACCUGCCCCCUUCGGGUCCUUGGGCCCGCAGAAGAUCCAGUGAAGGUCGGAAAACACCCACCACCUGGAAGAGCCUGGGUUUUCACGUGUGCUUGAGGAGACAGCCGCCCGGAGAACUUGAUGAAGAUGUUCGCACAGGCCUGGGGACAUCGGCCAAAUGGGCCCCAGCCCUUCCGGGGGCUGGGCAGACAAGGCUUUUUCCAAAUUACACUCAAGCAUGACGGUCUUCACCUGAACCGAUAAAGCGUUUCAUUCCAUCCUGGGCCAACGUCCCUCCUUGCAACCCACCUUGUCCUCUCCGGGACAGGACCACCCAUCCCUUCCUUCCUUUCCUCUGGUCCCUCUUUAAAAUUCCAGCCAAGUCUGGACCUCUUCCCUGUCAGCCUUCCCAAGGUCCCAUCCUGUUCUGAGUGACUUUUCUAAUUAUAGACAUCACGGAACAUCCCGAUUCGGGAGUGCAUGUUUUGCUCUGUCUCUAUCAUUGUUCACAACUCUUAGGACGACAGUGCGAUUUGUCUUUAUAGAAACGCCUGGAUGUUUUCUGCUGGGAGAGGAAAUGGGCACCGUGGAACCGUGCACCCUUUGGUGUGGAGAGCUGAGUUUGUAGGCUCUUGCUCCCCCAGAUGGGAGGCCCCGCUGGGCUGGGCCAAACUGCCAGUGGCCAUUUCUAGAAUUUGUUUUGGGCUCUCCGGGCAUCGGAUGCCAUCCACCUGCAUGGUUGUAGCUGAGAGAUUCCAAAGUAUAAAGAGAAAGGCAUGAGUUUGUCUAGACAGGGUAAAAAUGUAUCUCUGAAGACCUACUGUGUGUCUGGUACUAUCACAUGGAUUCUCUUUUUUAUUUAAAGUGCUCAGCAGCUCAGUGAGGUGGGUACCCCCCACCCCCGCUUCUUAUAGACAAGGGCACUGGACUUGAGAGAGGUUGACUGACUUACCCCAGGGCUGUAGCAAAGCUCAGGCCCGAAUCCAGGUCCUGUAACAUCUAUGAACCCAUUUAGUCCUCACUUGUCGAACUUAAAGUCUAUGUCCUCACCUUAUCCAUGAGCAAAUCGGAGCUCAGAGAGGUAAAGCCACUCGCCCAAAGUCACACAGCUAAUUUGUGGCAAAGCUGGAAUUUGAAAUCAGGUCUGUCUGAGUCCAAGUGUGUUUUCCGUUCUCCCACGGCUGGUAUUUGGCUGCCUCUAUUUAUACCCUUUAUAUGGCAAAUACUGCAGAGAGAAAGAUAUAUAAGAAGCAGUCUCUGCCCUUGAGCUAACUCCCGGUCUGACAGGAAGAGAGGUGUAAACAGGUCAAAGGCACGAAAAUAUAAACUGUGAUCCAGGCGGAUACCGAGUGCAAGGUGGGCACGGUGGAGGUGCCAUGCUGCCUUCUGGGGUUGUGAGGAGGGUCAGGAGGGGACUCUUAUUGAUCUAUUGGUUAUCAAUUUCGUCUCUCUCUUUCUCUCGUGAACACACACAGUUAGGAAGGUGAGGACUGAAUAAGGGAAGGAGCCAGGCUGGCCCUCUAAAGGGGGCUGAUGGCUCUGGGUAACCUUCCCGGAAGUUGGCCUUGGGACCAGCCUCACUGGCUGGUAAGAAUAGAGCAUUGAUUUCCUCUUUCCUAGGCAAGCAAAUUGCCAGGGUCACAGGAAGUGGACAGGUAAGUCACCCCUUCCCCAUGAGUUCUUUCUACUCAUUUCUGGAGCACCUGCAGGUGUUGCUGUCUGGCUUUUUCACAACACACCCAGACCUACCUGCCGCCAUCUUGAGAGGCAGGAAGGUAAAACUCUACCCUGCCUUUCUUGAGGAAUGGUUGUUGGGGUCCUAAGCACGGUCUUCUGAAUGUUCUCAACAAAGGGGGAUGGAGAAAGAAAAAAAGAAAAUUGGAAGAAAAUAUACCAAGAUGUUGACGUCAGUUCAAAUUCUGGUCAAUGGGAAUCCAGAUUUGUGAUUUUUUUUCCUUUGUACAUAUCUGAAUUUUUUAAAUUUCCAAAGCAUUAAAAAAAAUGUAAUAAGAAAAAAAUGAGAGAGCACAUGGGUUUCAACUUUGGAGUUAGCCUCCAAACUGUGUGGCCUUGGGCAAGUUAUUUCAUUACUCUGAGACUCGAUUUCCUCAUCUAUAAAAUGGGGAUAAUGGAGUCACUGUGCAGAUGGAAUGAAAUCAUGAGCCCAGUGGUGGACCCUCAAGAAGUUCUUUUAAUAAAUCAGCCAUUACUUUUAUUAAGGGUGACAAAUGUUGGUCCUUUGAAGAUGGAUUUGAUUGGUACCAACAAGCCAAUCCAUUCCUUUAACAGUUAUUGAUCAGAUGCCUACUGUGUUCUAGGGCUGGGGUGAGAUCCUGGGGACGCAGCAAUGAAUAAGAAAAAAAAAAAAAAUCCCUGCCCGCACGGAGCUCUCGGUUAUAGUACUUUAUGAUGAAUA